AUGUCCAAGAAAGACAGACGUCGGAUGAUGGCACAGAUUUGGGGAACACCCACCAGCCAUGAUAUAGACAUGGUUGAUGAAGGGGACCAGAUUGUUGUGUUCUCAAACUAUAGGGGAAUCAUCAAUUGGUGGUUGGAGAUUUUCAAAAUUUACUACCCAGGUAUAAAAUGUCGAGAAAAGGGGGAUGUAAUCAAAAUCAAGCCAUCAACAGGGGUAACAAUCAAACUAAACAAGACAACUCGGCUGAUGAAGAUAAGUGGGAAGGACCACUGGCCCUGGUUUGUGGACACAUUUGGGGCUCUUCUGGAUAUUGGGAAUGGAGACGCAGUGGAGCUGCCCAGCGAUGGCAAAUCUGUGUCGGAAAAUUCAGUGACUCGAUUUUUACAGCUAGAUAAAGAUGAUGAAGAGGUUCAGGAUCUGCUUGACCGCAUUCCUGAAGGAGGUGGAAUCAUGCAUCACGAGUUCAUCAUGAGGCUGUGGAAGAGCCUGCUGGAUGAUUGGUUCGGUGUGGGCGCAUCAGUGUAUGUGGUCACACCUCGCAUCGAUUCAGAAAGACUCUUCUUGCUGAUGCUGCUGAUGAUACGAAAUAAGGGAACAGGGUUUCAGGUUACGCUAAUGACGCCAGCCAAACAAGACGGUGAACGUUUUGACAAAACCAUGGAAAAAACCAAGAGAAGACUGAAAGAGGUCAAGUCUGCGCAUGAUGCCAGGCUGGUCUCAGACGUCAAACUAGAAUGGGUGUUGCUGACACUGAACAUUAUGCACGAGAACUUCUCAACAAACUUCAUUGCUGCGUACAAGGAUGGUGAGGGCGAGAUUCUAACAACCACAGCUCACUUUCACAAAUCUCAUUUUCAUCAGGAGCAGAAAGACAACGUCAACUAUUCCAGGAUCAGUGCUCACGAGUUGCGAAAAAAUUACCUUCUUCCGCUCAAUAUUGGGAACAAUGUAUUUUGA